AUGACCCAGCCCUUCCCGUACACGUACUACGCCUGCGACUGCUUCGACAGCAAGCCCGCGGCCAAGGACGGCGACUCCGACUCCGACGACGACGAAGCGCGGCCGUUUGACCCCCGCAGCCCGCGCGCCGCCUACGCCCUGUACCCGCUCGAGCAGCUGCUGUACUGCGAGGACUGCCAGCAGCUGCGCUGUCCGCGCUGCAUCCUCGAGGACACCCUGAGCUGGUACUGCCCGAGCUGCCUGUUCGAGGUGCCCAGCUCGGUCGUCAAGAGCGACGGCAACCGCUGCACGCGCAACUGCUUCCACUGCCCCGUCUGCACCGCGCCCCUGGCCGUCCACUCGCUCGACACUCCCGAUCCGCCCUCGCCCACGGGCGGGCCCUACAUCCUGGCCUGCCCGCACUGCCACUGGUCCACCGCCGAGACGGGCAUCGAGUUGGACAAGCACACGGGCAUCCACGCCCAGCUGUCGCGCAUCGCCAAUGGCGGCAGACCCCUGCCCGCGCACAAGGACCGCGACAAGGACCGCGACGCACGCCUGAAGGAGCUGGACGAGCAGCGCCUGUCGCGCCUGUCGCGCCUGUCGCGCCCCCCGACCGACGAUGCGCCCACGCCUGGCACCACCACCGACGAUGCGCCCACGCCUGGCACCACCACCGCCACCACCGCCGCCGACACCCCGACCCGAGACGACCGGUUCGCCAGCCUCAGCGCCUUCUACAGGACCCAGAUCGAGGCCCACACACCCUCGAACCCCUUCGCCGCACACGACAUGACCUUCUCCUCGCCCUCGACCUACUCUCGCAUCAUGACCCUCUACUCCACCACCGCCAAGAGCAAGAAGCGCGAGAAGCCUCCCCCCAUGCGCGAGGCCGCCGUGGCCCUCGAGGGCCUCUCCCUGCACGACCCCGCCGCCGACACGGCUGCCAUUGACCGACUCAAGACCCACGGCUGGCCGGCCACCUUGUCGCCCGCCCAGAAGCUCGCCCAGAUGGACCCCCGCCUGCACUUCGACCACGAGCUCCGCCCCGUCCCCACCCUCCUCUGCACAAAACGCUCCAAGCGCUGUCGCUCCUGCCGCCACAUCCUCUCCAAGCCCGAGUCCAAGAUCACGUCAACACGCUACAAGAUCAAGCUCCUCGCCCUCAACCACAUCCCCCGCAUCAGCAUCCGCGCACUCCCCUCCCCUACCUCCCAGCUGCCACUUCCUCUACCCUCCGGCCCAACCGCCUCCCACCCGCCCCCGUUCAACUACGCCAACCUCCGACAGGGCAUACCGACCAACUUCAUCAUCCACCUCAGCAACCCCCUCUUCGACCCCGUCCGCGUCACCCUCGCCACCCCCAGCAUCACGCCCGGCAGAGUCCACUCCAAAGUCACCAUCCUCUGUCCGCAAUUCGACGUGGGCGCCAACACAGACGUCUGGGACGACGCCCUCUCCUCCUCGUCCGCCCCCGUGAACAAAGGCACGGUCGUCGACGCUGACGGCCAGAUGGAGCCUGGCAAGCCGUACGACCGCGGCCGCAACUGGACCAGCGUCGUCAUCGAGGUCAUCCCCGGCUUUCUACCCUCUGUCUCCGACGCUCUCCCCCUUGCGCGCAGCCAGAGCACCAGCGCCGCAGACACGGGCCCGGACGCCGAGCUGGAAGAGGACGACGACGUGGUCGAGAUUCCCAUCUUUGUCCGACUCGAGUUCGAAGCGGAUGUGCACGCCGAAGAGAGAGGGUUGGCCGAAGAGAGAGGCCACAAGGGCGAGCGAGAGAAGAGAGAGGAGGCGUUUUGGACCGUCGUUGGCGCCGGACGAAUCGCUGCGGUGUGA